AUGCCAGCUGCCUUAUCAGAUUCCCAGCUUCUUGCUGGGACUAGACUGGAUGUGGCGAUAAUCCCUGCUGCUGAGCGCCAGUUCCUCGCUGCCUUGCCACAGAAGAAACCUUCCUUGGACUCUCCUUGUUGCUGCAACCAGCCAUCGCUCCAAACAGAACCGCCAGACGGGAACAAUUCAAGAGACAGCCUCGGCUUCUGCGCCUUCUCCUCCACCCUCCGGCAUUUAAUAUUUGGCUUGGACCGGCCCCAAAAGGCCGCAGCUGCCUCUGCGCCGCUGCCCCACAAGGCGUCGCCGUCGUAG